UUAAUUAACCCAAUGUUUGAUGCGUAUGCAACAUAGUUAAAUGUCUGGCAAGGCGGUGUGGAAAUGUGAGGGAAUUUCUCACCCCGCUUGAUGGGAUAAAGUCAGAAAAGUUUGCUAUGAAUCAGAAUAAAUUUAUAAUUUGCGUAUAAAGUAGAGCGACAAAAGACUUAUUAAAAAAAGGCUCCAAGCCGUUUAUAAAAAGUGAGGUCUAGCAAUUGACUUGAAAAACUUCACAUCAAAAAAUUUGUCGUCAGCUAUCGAAGAGUGCACUUGGAAAAAAAGAUAUUUUUUGGACAAAAGAAAGACUGAAAAUAAGUGAAGAGAACAAAGCAACAGCGUGACAACGACGAAAUAGCGGCCGUUCAAAACGACGACAUAACACCAACAACUUUUUCGCUGCACGCAUCUACGAUAGCGAGUCGGACGGUGACAAAAACGUAAACGUCUACAUUGAUUGGACGGUUUAUAUUUGGGAAAAAAGUAGCGACGUGGUUUCUGUUUUGCGUAGGAGAAAUUGAAAAACCGCAUAUUCAACGCGCAAUUACCACGAAAACAAAAAGUAAGCUCUAUAGUAGUCUUCGACACGACGUAAACAUUCGUCUUUAACCAUGAGUGUGGACGCCUACGGGCCUGGUUCACAAACCUUGACGUUUCUGGAUACGGAGGAGAAUGACUUGAUUGGCGCAGAUACACAGGCUUCGGACUUCGAUUUUCGGGAUUUUACAUUACCCUCACAAUCACAAACACAGGCUUCUCAACUGGAAGGGAUUGGUGGCAGUACAUCAGCUCAAAACAAGAUAAAUGCUCUAGCAAACAAUCUGGCAGAGUUGCAGUUUGAGGAAGAGGAUGACGAUACAUCAAUACUGGCAGUGAAGGAACUGCCUACACAUGCUUGCAAAUAUUGUGGCAUUCACGAUCCUGGUACUGUAGUUAUGUGCAAUAACUGCAAAAAAUGGUUCUGUAAUGGACGGGGUAGCACUUCCGGGUCGCAUAUUGUUAACCAUUUGGUACGAGCGAAGCAUCGGGAAGUGACACUUCAUUCCGAAGGACCUCUGGGAGAAACAGUUUUGGAGUGUUACUCGUGUGGCGUGCGUAAUGUUUUCGUGUUAGGAUUUAUUCCGGCGAAAGCAGACUCUGUAGUGGUGUUACUAUGUCGCCAACCAUGUGCAGCUCAAAACUCUUUGAAAGAUAUGAACUGGGAUCAAGAGCAAUGGAAGCCGCUAAUAACAGAUCGCUCAUUCUUGGCGUGGUUGGUAAAGGUACCCACUGAGCAAGAACAGUUGCGUGCGCGACAAAUAUCCGCAGCGCAGAUAAACAAGUUGGAGGAGUUGUGGAAAGAGAAUAUUGAUGCGACAUUUCAAGAUUUGGAAAAGCCUGGAAUAGAUACGGAGCCAUCGCAAGUGCUUCUACGUUAUGAAGAUGGUUACCAAUAUGAAAAAGUGUUUGGGCCUUUAGUACGACUAGAAGCAGAGUAUGAUAAAAAAUUGAAAGAAUCACAAACUCAAGAAGGUAUAGAAGUACGUUGGGAUGUUGGACUAAACAAAAAAACCAUAGCCUACUUCACGCUCGCCAAAACCGAUUCGGACAUGAAACUGAUGCAUGGUGAUGAAUUAAGAUUGCGUUAUGUGGGGGAACUUCAUAAGGCAUGGAGUGAAAUUGGGCAUGUCAUAAAAGUGCCAGAUAAUUACGGCGAAGAUGUAGGAUUGGAACUAAAAUCAUCAGCCGGAGCGCCAGUCAAAUGCACCUCCAAUUUUGCGGUGGACUUUAUUUGGAAGUGCACAUCAUUUGAUCGAAUGACUCGUGCCCUUAAAGUAUUCGCCAUGGACCGCAGCUCCGUAUCUAAUUAUAUAUACGCACGACUUUUAGGUCAUGGCCGACAUGAUGGCAGUGAUGAACUUUUAUUUCGAGGACCAAUACCAAAACUCUUCAGUGCUCCCAAUUUGCCGGAUUUGAAUCGAUCGCAGGUGUAUGCUGUAAAACACGCUUUGCAACGCCCGUUAAGCUUGAUCCAAGGUCCGCCAGGUACUGGGAAAACUGUGACCUCUGCAACAAUAGUUUACCAAUUGGUGAAGCAACACGGAGGCACCGUGCUUGUCUGUGCACCUAGCAAUACAGCUGUAGACCAACUUACGGAAAAAAUCCAUCGCACAAACUUGAAGGUGGUGCGGCUUUGUGCCAAAUCUCGUGAAGCUAUCGAUAGUCCAGUUAGCUUUUUAGCUUUACAUAAUCAAAUCCGUAAUAUGGACACAAAUAUUGAGUUAAAAAAAUUGCAACAGCUUAAAGACGAAACGGGCGAAUUAAGUUCAGCCGAUGAGAAGCGAUACAGAACAUUGAAGCGGGCCGCGGAACAUCAACUGCUCGAGGCUGCUGAUGUUAUUUGUUGCACAUGCGUUAGCGCGGGAGACGUGCGGUUGGCACGAAUAAAAUUUACUUCUAUUCUAAUCGACGAAUCGAUGCAGUCUACCGAGCCCGAAUGCAUGGUACCAGUAGUAUUGGGUGCAAAACAAUUGAUCCUUGUGGGCGACCACUGUCAGUUGGGACCGGUGGUUAUGUGUAAGAAAGCAGCUAGAGCUGGCCUGUCGCAAAGUCUCUUCGAACGUCUUGUAGUCUUGGGCAUUCGGCCUUUCCGUCUUGAAGUUCAGUAUCGUAUGCAUCCGGAAUUGUCCCAGUUUCCCUCCAACUUCUUCUAUGAGGGCUCACUGCAGAACGGUGUUUGUGCCGAAGAUCGCAAACUCAAAAUUGAUUUCCCGUGGCCACAACCCGAUAGGCCGAUGUUCUUCCUUGUGACUCAGGGACAAGAGGAAAUCGCGGGGUCGGGAACUUCAUAUUUGAAUCGUACUGAAGCAGCAAAUGUCGAAAAAAUAACAACACGGUUCUUGAAGGCAGGCGUUAAGCCAGAGCAAAUUGGCAUAAUUACGCCGUAUGAAGGCCAGCGGGCGUAUUUGGUGCAGUACAUGCAAUACCAAGGCAGUUUGCACUCAAGGUUGUAUCAGGAAAUCGAGAUUGCCAGCGUGGAUGCUUUCCAAGGCAGGGAAAAGGACAUUAUUAUUAUGUCUUGCGUGCGUUCAAAUGAACGCCAAGGUAUCGGUUUUCUCAAUGAUCCUCGUCGAUUGAAUGUUGCACUAACUCGCUCAAAGUACGGUACAAUCAUUGUGGGCAAUCCUAAGGUGUUGUCCAAGCAACCACUUUGGAAUCACUUACUGAAUUUCUACAAAGAUCGCAAGGUGCUGGUAGAAGGUUCCCUAAACAAUUUGAAGGAAUCAUUAAUACAAUUCCAAAAGCCCAAAAAAAUAGUCAAUACUCUAAAUAUGGGUGCUCACUUUAUGACUACAAUGAUGGCCGAUGCUAAAGAAGCAAUGAUUCCAGGCUCCAUUUACGAUCGUUCUGGUCAAUAUGGAUAUGCAUCGAGCAAUAUGAAUACAUCUAACUUCAACAGCGGCCUGGGCUUAGGUUUGGGAUUUGGCGGUAAUAAUAAUUUGGGUUACGGGAGCGGAUCAGCAGCUGCCCAAAUGCAAGCAGCAGCGGCAGCCGCAGCCCAUAGUUUGAACAAUUUCAUGAGCGGAAACUUCGGUCCGAUUGGGGCUCGAAAUAGCGGUCCAGGUUCAACGACACAACAAUCUGCUGUUAACUCUCAUCAGUGGAAUCAUCAUCACGACUCGAUCAGCUACAUUUCGCCCGAGCGUGCUCAAGCAGCAAUGAAUAACAUGCCAGUACCUGUUGGCAUGUUCAUGAACAUGAGCAAUAUUCCGCCGCGUUUCUACAACCAACAUCAGCAGGCAAUUCAAGCGGCAGCAAAACAGGGCCGCCGCACUGGCGGUGGCUUAGGGGCAAUCGGAAUGGUUAACAAUAACAGCGCCAGUGGAGGCAGCAAACUCUUUAAUAAUUAUAAUGUGUCCGCCACCGGCGCGGCUAAUAAGAUGCAAAAUGCAAAACCGCGUAACAGCAUUCAAACACCUUCAGCCACAGCUUCGAUUGCAACUGGUGCCAACGAUAUUGCUAAUGUUUUGAUUGGAUCGGUUGCCACUUCAUCGCAGAACAAUGCCCUACCACUAACCCAGCAAAAUAUGUCGCAACAAAUGAGCCAACCAGGUGGCUUUACACUUUCACAGCAGCCGGAGUUGUCGCAAGAUUUUGGCCAAAUCUCGCAAAUAGAUAAUAUUCUCUCACAGGAUGUUAAUUUUAGUACGGAUAAUCUUAACACGAAUCGUCUAAAUUUGGGCUUGAAUAGCCAGAGUCAAUUCUCGCAGCCCUAUUGAUACAACGGUUGAUUCCAACUACAAAAGCAAAAGCAGCAGCAGUCAGUUAAACCAACAAUUCAUAUCAAACAAAUACAAACUUUUUGAUGUAACGAAAGAGAACAAAGAAGACAAGAAGCGUGCACACAAAAAAUUGCAGAAACAGCAGACAUAGAUCUCUGACCGCAUGGAUAGAAUCGAACAGAAUCGGAAUUUCGAUUAAGAAAUAAAAUUCCGCUCAAAAUUACCCGGAGUAUAUAGCUUAUAUUUGGGGCAAUGCUGUGCUGUGACAAGUAAGGGGCAAUUCCGAUGUACGAAUCAUCGAUAGCGUAAAAAUGCGAGUACGCAUCGACAGAGUGGUCUGUGCGUUAUCUGCGCAAAACGUGUGCGUAAAUGGGUUAAAUAGGAGAAAUUGGAAGCGACGAAAAGGAUAAAAAAGGAAAUACAACCAAACAACAAAAUCCAAAAACAAAAUGAGUUGAGAGCUAAAAGGACGCCGCAAAAAGAAACGAAAGAUAAAGUAACGCCAGGUUUGAGGUAUGAAUAGGACAGACAUGUCAUGUGUCUAUGGAAGCGAAUUGAUACCAAAAUAAUUUCAUCGUAAUUUUUCAUAUCAUGUGAGCAAUACGUUGGAACCUGUGAGGAAGGUGGAAGGUUAGUAGGGUGAUACCCGAUGAUGUUUCCAUCGAGAGCAUCGAAUACAUUUUCAAUUCAAAAACAGUUUUGGACAUGAUUCACACGCUUUAGCGCCUUGAGGGCAAUUAACAGCCAAUUGGCGAAAGUGUUCGAUACUUUAUAUAAGAGGCAGUUUUUGUACAGUAACAUCAAAACUCUCGCAAGUUGAUGCUAUUUUCAAUGGAAAACGUUCCUCACUUCAAUCUGGUUGGAAACUUGCACUGUAUUGUGCUGCACAAGCAUGGCGGGCUGCAUUUUCCAGUUCUAUUGCUCUUGGAUUUUUCCCAAUAUUUACAUAUAAUAUUUAACCUUAAAAUUUUUGAUUAAGUUUAUUUUUCAAUGACAUGGACAAGUGAUUUCUAAAUUUUGCGACUAAAUUUAAAAAAGAAAACUAAUAUUUUUAAAAACAUUCAAACAUGCAACAAAUUUAUGUUGUCAAUUAUAUUUCAAUAAAGUGCUUCAACAUCACAUUCAGAGGCAGAAAGGAGAUCAAGUUUGAUGAUGAAGUGAAGGAUGCUGCAAUCGAGGUGUGAUGAAGAGGCUUACUUUCGUCGUAUUUCCUUUCGAAGAAACGCUUUGCUUGCAAUCCUUUGCAUAUGGAAUCGCCUUGAUUUCUCGGAAAAAUAAAUCGUUUUUAUUUGAGUUAAAAAAUAAAUUUUUUAAAUAAAAUAAAGAAAACAAAAUUAA